AUGUACCGACAGAUACUCGUGGACAGUCGAGGCUGCGACUUACUGCGAAUUGUUUGGAGACCAGAACCCCAAGGUCCAAUAAAGCACUACCGGCUAAACACAGUAACUUAUGGCACCGCCAGUGCUCCCUUCCAAGCAACACCUACACUACAACAGGUCGCUGAAGACGAGCAAUUCACGUCACCAUCAGCAAGUGAAAGCAUCAAAAAGGACUUCUAUGUAGAUGACUUGCUGACCGGAUCCUCGACCAUAGAAGGUGAAGCGAAAUUGCAAAACGAUAUUGUGACCGUUCUCAAAAAAGCUGGAUUUAACAUUCGCAAAUGGUCCACGAAUUAUGAGGAGGUUCUGAAACAUGUAAGCACCGCUGACCGGGAAACGUCUGACGUAGUCAACAUCAAUCUAGAGAAUACCGUCAAGACAUUGGGUUUGCAAUGGAUUCCUAGAGACGACAUAUUCACCUUAAAAGUGAAACUGCCUUACAUCUCAGCGAACGAGCCAGUUACGAAACGAAUAAUUACAUCCAAUGCUGCAAGAUUAUUCAAUCCGCUUGGUUGGAUCCAGCCCAUCAUAUUAGUUAGCAAGAUAUUUAUCCAAAGGUUGGGGCUACAGAAACUGGAUUGGGAUAAGCCCGUACCUGACCAGUUGAAAAUCGAGUGGCUGACCUACAUGAAGGAGUGGCCAGCGUUAUCACAACUUCAAAUACCACGAUACAUACAGACGUCUGAUCGCUGCAAGGUAGAACUUCAUGGUCCCUGCGACGCGUCAAUGGCAGCUUUUGCAGCGGUGAUUUACGUUCGAGUAAUACAUCCGGAUGGCACGGUAUCUGCGAACAUAUUAACAUCGAAAUCGAAAGUGGCACCUUUAAAGAUACAGUCAGUACCCCGGCUAGAAUUGAACGGUGCCGUCCUACUAUGCAGAUUGAUAAAACACGUGAAGCAAGCCAGCGAAUUCCCUGCCGACACAGCUGAAUUUUACUGGACGGAUUCGACCAUUGUGCUCGCUUGGUUGAUCACCCAGCCAGAUGGAAAACGUUCGUCGCAAAUAGGGUGA